CAUCUUAUAAAAUACAAACACUUCGAAAACUUUACAAAACUUCAAAAUUGAUCGUGUAGUGAAUAAUAAAUAAUAUUUUGCAGAGUGAAGAAUUAUUCAUCGAGCAAGUUCUGCUAACUAAUAAAAUAAGAAUUCAUUAAAAAAUAUUUAAUUAAUUGAAAAAAGAAAGAAAAGAUAGUUAAUUCCAAAUAUACGAAAUGAAUGUCAUAAUUCGACUUCAAAAUCUACCAUGGUCAGCGAACGCAACUGAUAUUCGCAACUUCUUCAAAGGUCUCAUGAUUCCUGAAGGUGGUGUUCACAUCGUAGGUGGAGAGAACGGUGAUGCAUUUAUUGCUUUCAGCACUGAUGAAGAUGCCAGAUGUGCAAUGCAAUUAAAUGGCGGGAAAAUUAAAGAAGUUCAAGUAACUUUACUUUUAUCAUCGCGUUCUGAAAUGCAAAAAGUUAUUGAAAAAGCUCGCCAAGCUUCCAGUUCAUCAUUUUUGAAUAAAGUUGCUCCACAACAGCAAUCAACGGUGUUACCAGCAUCUGUGAUUGCAAAUCAAUUCGCUAAAAAGCAAUUGGAAAGUGGAGCUGCAGUUAUGACAUCUCAACAACCUCCAGUUAUGUCGCUUACAAAUCUUUUAACUCAUUCAAUGCAACAUCAGCAAACUCCACAAAUUCCUUCUUUAAAUCAAGUCCAACAAAUGAAUGUGAUGUCAGCAUAUAAAAAUGUUGCACCAACUGAUGUUAUGAAUUCGGGAGUUCCUCAAAAUGCUGCUGUUGCUGCUGCAGCUUAUGCUAGUUAUUAUGCAUCGUUAAUGGAUCCAAAUUCAGCAAACUAUUUGAAUUCAAUGACUUCUGGUUUAAAUACAAAAUUGUCUGAUCCCAAAUCAAAUCUUCCACCAUCAUUAAUGCCCGCAUCAUACAAUAAAGACCCACGAAGUCAAAGAGGAAACUCGAGAGAGAGAAAUACAUUUCGAAGUCGACAUCGUAGUCGAAGUAAUGAAAGAAAUUCUUCAAUACGCUCUCGUUCAAGUUCACGCGAACGUUACAAUGACAGUGAGAAAGAAGGACGUGAUGGAUUUCGUCGACGAUCACGAUUCAGUGCUGUUGAGUCUCGACAAGAUACGUCAAACAUUGCUGCCUUUCCACCGAACAUAAAUCAUUCAUUAUCAUCUGCUAACAGUUAUGCAGUUCCACCACCAACUGCCACAAAUUCUAUUUGGGAAAAUCCACCACCACAACUUUUUACAAAUGACAGAAAUAUUCAACUUCAACAACAACAACAACAACAGCAGCAGACAAUUCAAAACUCUUAUCAAAUGUUUAAUAAUGGAAAUUCAAUGCAACUUCCACCAACACGAAAUUAUCAAACGGAAAAUCGAAUCGAUGCAAUUCCAUCAUCAUCAUCUCUUGGGAAUAUUGGAACAUGUGUAAAAGUUGCAAAUGUUGACAACGAGACAUAUUAUGGUGACUUGAGAAAGUUUUUCAAUGGCUUACCGAUUGGAAAUAACGACAUUAAAUUUCUUACUGACAGUGGAAAUAAUCGAACUGGAGUUGUUCUUAUUAGAUUUCUUUCUUCCGAUUCAAAGAAGAAAGCAUUGACGAAGACAAUGUGGCAAUUGAAAAGUACGCAAGUGAUCAUCACUUCAAUAUCUGAGGAAGAUUUUGAAAGUGGGUUGAGCAAUUCUCUUAAUAAAAAUCGUCAACAAAAUGCUGUUCAUAACAACUUCCAGAACGAUGAUCGUUCUGAUACAAGAAAUGAAAGAUAUCGAGAUCGAAGUGACAGUCGAGAACGUGACAAUCGUGGAUUCAAUCAUCGUGGAAAUGAUCGAUAUGGGAAUAAUCGUUCAUAUAACAACAAUAAUAACAAUAAUCGCGAUCGAGGUAACAAUGGUGGAAAUUACCGACGCGAUCAAAAUGAAAGAUCAAAUUAUAGAACCGGAAAUAGAAAUGAUAAUCCAAUAGAGAAGGAAAUUCAGUAUGAACCUGACGAGAAUUUCACUGUUUUGAUAGUUGACGAUAUUCCUCGAACAUCAAGUGAACCUGACAUUUGGGAAGCUUUUCCGAACAUUGUCGGCAUCGUCAUUGAUCGUUACAAAGCUUAUGUGAAGUUCAAUUCACAUGAAGCAGCAAAAGUUACGUUGGAGAAUCGAUACAUUCAUUACAUUCGUAACAAGCGAGUGUUCUUAGAAGCGGGAUCAGAAGCACAAUACAAUGAGUUGGUGAAGAAAUUUGGAAAAUAUGACAACAACAGCAGUGAACAGAAUGAAGAGACGAGUGAUCCAGUUAACAGUGAUCAAAUGAACGAUGACACAAAUCAUUCAAGUAAUAGCAAUUCACGUGACAGCAUGAGAAGCCGCGAUCAACAUAAAACUUCCAAUGUUGAAUCACGCGAUCCAAGACAAAGAAAUUUCAACAAUGAACGAUUUGGUGGCAACAACAGUGGACCACAAAAUAUGAUAAAAACUGACUGUAUUAUAAUGAAAAAUAUGGAAACAAACACAACAAUUGCUGAAGUCGAAAGCUUUUUCAAUGAUAUUGGAAUUUAUAAAAUGCGGGUUCAUAUUCUGCUCGAUAAGAAAGGUCAACCAUGUGGCGAUUGUUUUGUUGAGUUCAAAUAUCCAAACGAUUCUAAUCGAGCUCUUUCGAAAAACAAUCAAAUGUUAAAAGAAAGGCGAGUGACAAUUAUGUUAAUUCCACGUGAGCAGGUCGAUGCCGUUUUAAGUUCUUUCGGUGGCGAUGAUUCGAUGCGUCAAAAUCAACAACAAAAUCGUCCAAAUCGAAAUGAUUGGGCACCACCACCAGACUUUGGAAGUCCAGGAUGUGUCGUCAUGUUGUCUAAUCUUUGCUAUAAGGCAACGAUUGAAGAUCUUCUAGACGAGUUUCGUGAAUUCGAUCUCCAUCAAGAUCAAAUCAUCAGACGUUACAAUGAUAUGGGACAACCAACAGGAAAUGCUUGCAUUAAUUUCAAUUCACCUCAAGACGCUGAAUUGGCUUGUGAAAAACAUCACAGCGUUAAAAUUUUAAAUCGACAAAUGUGGAUGAAGAGAAUUUAA